CUUAUUGGGAACUCCCCGUUCCACAACAUGAAGGCUACCAUCGUGCCUUGCACUGAUGCUAACAUCGUCUUCUUGUAUGGAGGAUUUGACUCCAUGGAUGAACUAGAUAGUAACAUUUAUCUCCUCGAUCUAAAAUCAAAAACCUGGACCGUUGACAGCCAGCACAAAAACCUAUUUCGAGAGGGGCACCUGGCUACGUAUAUAGGAGACGGGAACGUUUUGGUGUUUGGAGGGAUCCCCACGGAAGAUGGGUUUAUCAAUGGAGUGAACGAUGUGACUAGAGACCGCUUGGGGUUUAGCCCUGACGUUCUUAUGAUGGUGUACAAUAUUUAUGACAAGAAAUGGAUUGCAGCACCGCCAUUUGCGCUAGAUGGAGCUCCCGAGUCGAGGUCGCGGCAUGCUUCGUGUUUGUCGCCAGAUGGUACGAAGCUCUAUGUGAGUGGUGGAAUACAUAAAUCGUUACCCUUGGAUGAUCUCUACACCUACGACCUUAAAAAUGGCAAAUGGUCCACCCCAGUGAAUUUCGUGUCGAGAUUCAACCAUUCGAUAUCGAUCCACGGAGAUAAGCUCUAUGCCUUUGGAGGCAUCGACAGAGAUAUGAACCAUUACAAAAAUGUGAUCACGUACUAUUCAUUGUCCAACGGUACGAUAGGCGAGAUUUCCAACAUCACGGACGUCAGGUUGGCUGAUGGAAUAGGCAGCAAUUUGAGCUCAGCUACGUCCUACUUGUCCUAUCAAUGCGAAAGAUUAUACCUUCCAUCGGACUUCCAUGCCUCCGUACAGCUUGAUAUUAAGCUCCCACUCUGGACUAACCCCGAGCUCUUUGAUAUAUCUAUGAUAGAUCUCAGGGAUUUCAAGCGGCAGAGCAUUCUUAACAUGGUGGAGCUCAAUUUAUUCUUUAUGAACCUGAGCACAAAUAUAACAGACUACGUGUGGAACGAGGCUUUUGUGGCCAACGAUUCGCUCUUCAUGUUGGGCGGCCAGAAGGAAAGCAACAUACGAGAAACGAAUGCAACUCAAGGUGCAUUCGGCAUUAAUACGAGAAACUACGACUCGUAUAGCGAAAGCAUAGAAUAUGACCAAUACGGAGAACCCGUGGAAAAUAUUGAUCCAGAAGUUGAUGAGCCUGAUCGAUACUCCAAGAUUAAUAGCUUAAUGGAAAUAAAACUUAAGGACUUCGAAUUUGCACCUACGACCAAAGAUCCAGAUACCCACUCUUUGGUUUCUGAUCUCGAGAAGAUGUAUCUUGAUGAAGAGUUUUCUGACUUUGACAUAUACACCUUGAACGACUCGGAAAACAAAACACUUCAUUUUGAUGUUGAUCUAGCAAAAUUACAAGACAACCAGAAUUUCAAAGUCAUAAGGGUUCACAAAUCGAUUUUGGCUGCUCGCUGGGAACAUUUUAGAAGAGUAUUAUCUUCUGGCAUGAACGAAGUUAAAUUAGGUAGAAUGUUCAUUCCUGAACCAUUCAGACUCAUUAGAGGUAUGAUUUAUUACUUGUAUACUGAAACUUUGAACGAAGCAAAGAUUUAUGAGUCUUACACCAUCAUAGACCUUUGUGAAUUACUACACUUGACUGAUGUGUACGAGUUGCAGGGACUAAGAACUAUAGUACUAGAACGUAUGUUUGAGGCAUUUGAGGGAUUACAAAAUUCUAUGGAUAAUGAAGAAGAAGCAAUAGAAAUUUGCCUCAGCUUAUGGAGAUGUUUGAACAGAGUAGGAGAGAGCACUCUUCUUCUCGAAGUGUUGAGUAUCAUUAAAAAGAAGUGGAAACCUAUUACCAAUUCUGUUUCAUUCACGAACUUAACGAAACAAGAGCUAAUAGAGCUAUGCAAG